AUGAGCUGGCUCCUGAAAAUGCUUCCCCGGCCCCCUGAGACCCAACCGGGGGACCCUCAACAGGACCAGUCCAAAUGGGAAGAGGCGGCGACGACGAGCAGGUUCCGUUCAACUCGGGAGCGCCCGGUGCUUCGUGCGCCUGUUAUCAGUGUGGAGAGCGGUGCCAAGGAAGAGGCGACGCCCCACACCGAGCGUCAGGACGCAGCUGUGCCGGCUUGUUACGGGUUGGCUCGUCGACAGCCUCUGGCGCUUGUUGCCACGGCCGAAGCAGCCAUCCAGGGGAAGAGCGAGCUGCGGUCGGAUGCAAAGCGCCCCACUGAGAAAGAGCAGAAGGACCAGGUGGCGGACGAGCGUUGGCUUCCUCCGAUGGAGAUGAAGGAGGUCGAGAAGGACGCCAGCCAGGCGCUUCUGGCUCACGUGGAGGGAAGACUGCGACGAGAGCGCCUGGAAGCUGCCCGUGCGGCUGAAGACGCUGCCAGAAGGGCGGCGCGGGAAGCCAUCCGACAGUUGGAGGCAGAACACUCGGCCGCCGACACCCGAUGUCUGGCCGACGAGUCCCACGAGCAACUUCCUAACAUCCUGGAAGAGGAAAACGAGGACCAGUCCGAGCCCUCGCCUGAAGGUGGGGCUGAGGCACAGGCAACCGACACGCUUGGCGAGAUGACGGUUCAAAGAGGAGCAGAGGUUGCAGAAGAAGGCGCAGAACCGGAAGCUGAAAAGGUUGCGGCCGUCCCCAAGACGACAGCGACACCGGGCUGCGCCUCUACGCUGACUGUCGGUGAUACCGCUCUGUCAAAACUCAGCGGAAGCGCCGGUCUCUCAGAAGAUGAGGAGGAAGAUGACAGGUCGACGAGAGAACGGCUCGCAGCGCCGUCCGGUCUGGGAGACACACUGAUCACAGACGGCCGUCCGGCGUCGGCAGCUAGCGUCGGCAGCGUGGUGAUCCAAGACCGCCUCAGCCAGCUCGUCCGGCUCUUCAAAGGUCGGACGGAACGUCACAAAGACCGUCUGAUCGACCCGGACGAGUCGGAGCAAGAAAGUCCCCCCUCCUCUCCUAACAAAGCUCUGCUGCCUCCGGCUGCAGAAGAAAAGACGGAUGCUCCCGCUAGUGGAAAGAAAGAAGCAGAAGAAGAGGCGUCCUUACACUUUCAACUUCUGGGAUAUGAUAUUCAAAUUCCUAAACUUCCCAACAUGCCCAAAUGGCUCCGAGUCAUUGGGGACUUCCGCUUCCCCUCCAGCAUGGACCCAUUCACUGACCCACUCUACGUGCUGUGGCUGUUCCUGGUGGUGGCGGCAUGGAACUGGAAUGUUUGGCUGAUCCCCGUCCGCUGGGCCUUUCCCUACCAGACCCCGGAGAACCGCCACUUGUGGCUCCUGGCCGACUACACCUGCGACCUCAUCUACAUUGCAGACAUUCUGGUCUUCCAGCCCCGCCUGCAGUUUGUCCGUGGGGGAGACAUCGUGUGUGAGACAAAAGCCAUGAGAGAAAACUACAUGAGCACCGAGAGGUUCAAGAUGGAUGUAGCCAGUCUGUUUCCUUUGGAGAUCUUUUACUACUGGACUGGGGUCAACUCUCUGCUACGAUUCCCUCGUCUGCUCAAGUACCAUGUUUUCUUCGAGUUCAACGACAGAAUGGAGGCGGUGAUGAAGAAGGCCUAUAUCUACAGGGUGAUCCGGACCUCCACCUACCUACUUUACUCGUUGCACAUCAACGCGUGCCUCUUCUAUUGGGGCUCCGACUACCAAGGCCUGGGCUCCACCAAGUGGGUCUACGACGGCAAAGGCAACGCCUACGUGCGCUGCUACUACUUCGCGGUGAAGACGCUGAUCACCAUCGGCGGCCUUCCGGACCCGACCACUGUCUUUGAGAUCUGCUUCCAGCUCCUCAACUAUUUUGUGGGCGUCUUUGCAUUCUCCAUCAUGAUCGGACAAAUGAGGGACGUGGUGGGGGCGGCUACGGCGGGGGAGAACUACUACCGCGCAUGCAUGGACGCCACCUCCAAGUACAUGAACUUGUACAACAUCCCCAAGCCCGUGCAGAACCGCAUCAAGACAUGGUACGACUACACAUGGAAGAGCCAAGGCAUGCUGGACGAGCAGGAGUUGCUGGUGCAGCUUCCCGCCAAGAUGAGACUGGACAUGGCCGUGGACGUCAACUAUGCCAUCGUGAGCAAGGUGGCGCUCUUCCAGGGCUGUGAUCGUCAGAUGGUCUUCGACAUGCUGACCAGACUCAAAUCAGUCGUCUACCUGCCGGGAGACUUUGUCUGCAAGAAGGGUGAGAUCGGCAGGGAGAUGUACAUCAUCAAGCAGGGCGAAGUGCAAGUAGUGGGCGGUCCGGACCUUCAGACUGUUUUCGUAACCAUUAGGGCCGGUUCCGUCUUUGGCGAGAUAAGUUUGUUGGCAGGUGGCGGAGGGAACCGGCGCACAGCCAAUGUGAAGGCGCAUGGUUUCGCCAACCUGUUUAUCCUGGACAAGAAGGACCUGGCAGACAUCCUGCUCCAUUAUCCCGAGUCGCAGAAACUUCUGCGCAAGAAGGCCAAGAGCAUGCUGUCCAAGGACCAGAAGCCGGAGGAAAAGGGAGGCGGCGAAGCCGGCGGGCGGGUGAUUCCGGUCCGACCCGACACACCAAAAAUGUUCAAAGCAGCGCUGAAGGUGACCACUCAGGCGGGAAUGGCCGGGACCUUUGCCAAACUUAGCCAGAGCUACGGACAGCCUGGCCAACAGGCUCCGCCCUCUCCUCAAGCAGCAGGUGGCCAGCCCUUCGUCACCGUCACCACGCCCAAGGAAGAGGGGGAGCUCGGCUCGGUGGAUGGCGCAAAGGAAAAGAUGGAUGCCUAG